CCCACCUAUAGGUUAUAUUAAUCCACAAGACGUUGCUAGUUAUCUCCAUAAAUAGCGAGCCGACAGGUGGGAAUUGCAUAGUUGGGGUAGGCGAUAGGCCAUUCGGUGAAUGCUACCUAAUAGUUCGAAACGAAAUUAUGUCGAUAAAUGGUUGUCUUGGUAUUUCUCCAUGGCAUAAAACCUGAUCGUUUAGAAAAUAAAAAAAGCCCGGAAGGAUGUUACUUCUUAUAAAGUGAUAUAGCACUACAUCUCCAGUAGAGAUCUGUUAAUAUGAGGUCUAUAUUCCUUGCUUUUGCUACGGGGGCUACGGCCUCGGCGUCGUAUCUAGCGUGGACAGCAGACUCGUUUAUCCAACACGGCGUUAAACCCACCCAAGGCUAUAGCGAAGCAACUCUAUAUUCAGGAUACGAAGCGGCAUAUGUGCUUACUCAGAACGAGACGUAUGCAGAGUGGUAUCGGGGGCAGAUCGAUGGCCCAGUAGUCCUAGAAAACGGCACAAUCAAGGACUGGAAAAGCGAAUUCUAUUCUUUAGAUAACUAUCGGAUUGGCAACAACAUCCUAUGGUGGUACGAACGUACGGGGCUCGCAAAAUAUAAGAACGCCGCGGGCAUCAUCCGCGCACAGUUAAACAGGCACCCACGGACUGCUACCGGCGGUUUCUGGCAUCGCCAGCCCAACUACCCCAACCAGAUGUGGCUCGACGGCAUCUUCAUGGCGGACAGCUUCUACGCGAAGUGGACGCGCUUGUUUGACGCGGAGAACGAGACUGCGUGGGACGACAUUGCGCGCCAAUUCGAUAAUAUCGAUGCGCACACGCGGAAUCGGACAUCGAAUCUCUUGGUUCACGGGUACGACGAGAGCAAGCAAGCAGUAUGGGCAGACCCCGUGACGGGUGCCGCGCCGUUGGUAUGGAAUAGAGCUGUCGGUUGGUAUUUUAUGAGUCUGCUUGAAGUUAUUCCUUUAUUUCCACCGCGCCAUCCUGGCCGCAAACGGCUCACCCGCUACUUCACGACGCUCGCGGCGGGUCUGAAGAAAGCACAGGAUGAGGCUUCUAGUAACUGGUGGCUCAUCAUGAGCGAGCCGUACCCGGGAGCACCAGGGAACUACAUCGAGAGUAGCGCUUCGGCCAUGUUCACCUUUGGUUGGCUGAAGGGUAUCCGGUUGGGCUUACUUGACGAGAGCGAGUAUCUCGAGCCUGCGCUCAAGGCGUACCAUGGACUUAUAGAGAAGUUCGUGAAAACAGAUGACAAGGGUCCUCUAAAUUGGGAAGGGACCGUAGAAGUUGGUUCCCUGGGUAGUAAUGGAACUUACGAGGUAAGUUCUGAUAUUAUUUACCUACCUCAAUGUCUAUGAAACUGAUGUAUGUAUGCUGAUCGUGACUGGCGAAGUAUUACAUCUCGAUACCCCUGGUCGAAAACGACCACAGGGGAGCUGGAGCUUUCAUGCUUGCGGCUUAUGAGAUGGAAAGACGUUAGGUUCUAAUAACUACCUAAUUCAAUAGGUUGACGGCAUGACCGCUAGGCCUGUUACAUUAGUCUUAUUAUAGAAACUCGCACCAUAAUUGAAGGCAUAGAUAUCACUCGGAGGUAUGUAAUAAAGCUUGCUCUGAAACCCGGUAGAUAGGGAAUAGAGAAGAUCUUGUGCUGUGGUGUGAUCUGGGUAAUCUGCUUUUUAAACGUCAUAAUCGCGUCUUCACGGCCAAGUUACGUAGAAGCUUCGAAACUUCGACACGUCGGAAAAGGACAGGGGUAAAUCAAGGCAUUUAGGUCUUGAUACUACGCUGCCGGUGACAGAAUUGAAGAAUCAAGUUAUUCGUGCACAGGGAAAAGAGAAUGCUUAGGUUAGGUAUGUAUGGUUGUGCUAACGGUCGGUACUAUGUAAGUUAAUAUUG